CCGAGCUUCACCUACACCUGAGCCGGGAGACCAACAGUGGACACUUUUCAGAGAGUGAAGAAGAGGAGCGACCCACCUGACGACGACGAUGAUGAUGAUGACGACGACGAUGAUGAUGAUCCACAGUUCCAGUGUUUGAGCUCAGUCCUCAGAGUUUUACACGUCAAGCUCGUUGUUGAUCAGACGACACUGCUGCUGCUCUCAAUUCAAAUCAGAUCCUGGAUCGUCUGGACCUUGAUGUGAAACAUCUCAUUAAACCCUCUGCGGGUUCUGAUCUGGAUCCUGGUCCUGAGGAUGUGGAGCUCCGUUCUGUCCACGAGGAGUCAGCAGAGCAGCGGCGCAGGAGGCGCCGAGGAGAACCGAGGAGGACAGAGGAGGAGACUGCCGAAACUGAAGAACCCCGCAAAGUUCUGGAAAAACAGCUCAACCAGACAGCAGAACCGCAGCCACACUGAAGAGAACGAGUUGGACUGUGUGGAGGAGAAGGAGCUGCUGGAGGAGGUCAGCAGGAGGCUGAUCAUCAGGGAGGAGCAGGUCUUCAGCCAGGACUGUCCCAGCGAGGACGAGGACCAGCUGCAGAAAGACUUUGAGGCUCUGAAACUUCAGAUAUUGAUGGCCAUCGACAACACCUUCAGCACCCCCUCGUCCUUAGGACACCUGGACGUCCUGAGGAGUGCUGUGGCCUCCAUCCAGCAGCAGGAGGUGCAGGACCGGCGUUGGACAGACUGUUCUGAAGACAGACUUCCAGUGUGGCGUCCUCUGAAAUGUCUCAGCAGUCACAACUCUCUGCUUCAGAACAUAGUGGACUCCAGACUGAAGACAGCUGCAGAGGACGAGCUGACCGGACCUGACAGACUGUCCUCACCUGUGAAGAGGGAGGUGUGUCGUAUGGGGACCCGUGUGAAGGAGGACCUGUUGGUGGUGAGGACGAUGAGGGACUGUUACCCUCCGCAGAUGGACAUCCUGAAUGUCUACGCUGGACUCUACCAUCAGGGGUUCUCUGCUCGGCUGAUGGAACUCGCUGCUUCUGGACUGGACAUAGACGACUGCAGCUACCUGCUGUUCUGGGUCAAUCACUUCUAUCCAGAUAAAAUAUUAAAACACGAAGACCUGGAUGGACAGAUAAAGACGGUCUGCCUGGGUUCACUGCUGCUGCAGGACCAUCUGAAACAGCUGGAGGAGCAGUACCUGAGCCACAAGGAGGAUAAAGUGAAGCUGUGGCUCAGCACAGCUCUAAAGAAAGAAGAGGAGAGCUGGCUGAGUGGCAGGAAACCAGAGCUCAUCGACAGCUAUUACUUCAGCCCGCUGGCUGUGGAUGUCAUACAGGUGAUAGACAGCUCCCUGACUGAGUUCAGCCAUGUGAUCAGAGACCAGAGCAGAAUCCAAAGGAUCACAGCUCACCUGGACAGCUUCCUUGGCAGCUACAAGAAGAGUGUGGAGGAGUUUAUGAAGGGAAACCACAGUAACAUCUGCUCGGUGGUCAAAGCUCACCUGGUCUGUGAGGAGCAGCUCAGGGAUUACAUCACAACAGGAAGUCUGCCUGAGCAGCAGAGACGUCGCUGUCUGGACACUCUGUCUGCCCUGAGGGAUUGUGGGUAUAGGUAUCUCACCUGUCCCAUUCAUGUCCAGCUGAAGGUGUGUUACAAGAACCUGUGGACACCUGACUGGUUGGAUGCGUCACCUCCUGUGGUCAUCUCUCUGCUGGACUCUCUGAAUGAACACCUGAUGGACCUGACUGACCUGAAACCAGCCUGCAGACAGUCCCUGCUGGGUGUCCUCCAUCAGGACGUGGCUCUUCAGUAUGUGAAGAGGAUGAUGAAGAACAGGAUGAAGAGCCGAGAGCAGCAGCAGGCCGGAGCUCAGAAGAUGAAGGAGGACGUUCAAACGAUGGACGACUUCUUCAAAGACCAGGGCUGCAGCGAGUCCUCGUGGUUCAGUAAGGUUCUCUGCAGCGUGGCUGAGGUUCUCCGUCUGCAGGAUCCGGGAAGCGUUCAUCUGGAGAUGGUCAGCCUGGCCAGGACGUGUCCCGACCUCAGUAACGCUCACGUGUCAGCACUGCUGUCUCUGAAAAUCGGCCUAUCAUCUGCUGACAUGCGCUCCAUCAGGCAGAGCUUGGAGGAGAACCGCCUCCUCGAUGUCUCCACCAAUCACAGCCCUCCGUUCUUCUCUAAGGUCAAAGUCAAAUGGAUCAGUAAUAAGAUCAAUCAGAUGGGGCUGUAGAGCUGAACUGUUAGCCUGUUAGCCUGUUAGCACAUAGACCUGUUAGCCUGUUAGCUCAUAGACCUGUUAGCCUGUUAGCACAUAGACCUGUUAGCCUGUUAGCUCAUAGACCUGUUAGCCUGUUAGCACAUAGACCUGUUAGCCUGUUAGCACAUAGACCUGUUAGCCUGUUAGCACAUAGAAUCUCUCUGUAAACAGUGAUUUUAUGUGGAUUCUCUGUGUGUUGCUGCCUCAUUACGUGAUUGGUUGAUAAUGAACGCACCAGGUGAAAUGAAGGUUCAGUCACAAGGUAAAUCUUUCACACUGAGGCUGCAUUCACCUGUAAUACUGAUGCUGAACACUUGGACAGAGGGGUCUUUAAAUCUUUCUCUGUGGAUAUUUUUGUCUUUCCAUGUGUGUAGUUCUUACUGUUAAUGUUAUUAUAUAGAUAAUAACCCAAAUGCUAUACAUAUACAUGAUCUGUCCAUCUGCCUGUGACAAACAGUCCAUAUUCAUAAGAUGAAGU